UGAUAGAUCAUACUAUGUUGGAUUAGCAGGCACAGACAGAUCAGGCAGAAACGAUCUUCUUCUCCUCCUGAAAGAACGGUUGGCCUCUCGUGGUUGAGCUGUCCCUGCGCAUGGCGAUAACGUCAUCCGGGCCCCACCACGCCAAUUAGGUACACAAGAUCUUCCCUAAUUUUCCUCCAUCUCACUGUCUGACACCAAAUUAGGUGCCUGAGAUUAAGAGAUGGCAGCUAUAUUAUAAAGCCGGUUGCCAAAACCAAAAGGUAGGUACCAUGCCAUGGUGACCCUGUGCCAUAUGCUGUGCAGCAGAAUCGAGCUGGCUCCCAUGUCACUAGCUCCCAACAACAGCAGCAACAGCAACAAAGGAAGGGGGCAUUGUUGCUUUGGCUUGAAAUGUCAGGAAGGAAUCAGAUCUUAAGCAGCACUCGCCAUCAUGGCUGACAGGUUGAGUGAGAUCAAAUGCCAGAGCUAGAUGGCAACAGGUUCAGCAACUUCAGUGUACUUGUUAGUGAAGUGUUCAUGUCUUAAGUGUGCAGGUCUGCUAGUUGAGCUAAGCUAGGGGCUUUACUAACAACCUUUGAUUGCAGCUAGCCUCCCCUUCUGUGAUGGAUAAAUGGACAUGGACAGGACGGUGGUCAUCAUGCAUCACGCAUUCAUGCAUCUAGGCCGGUCAGCAACCACAGUAACAUCUCUUCUCAUGAAGCUGGUACAGUCUACAGUGUGAGUGCUACUGCUUCUGACUGUGCCUAGUGUUGUCAGCUAGUGAGAUUUAUAUUGGGCCGUGUUAUUAGCAAACAUGUCCCCGGUUUCCUCCAUGGGCCUGGCACUGGCAGCCCAUGGAUAAUGGGCCGUUUGUCACUAAUGGCUAAAAAUAAAGGACUAUUGAUGAUUGCCUCUUUGCCACUGUGCCCAGUCUCUCUUUCUUUCUUCCUUUUUUUUUUUUUGAUAACAACUCUCUUUCUUCCUUGGCUUCAUCAUGCAUACCUCCAUUAUAUAUAUAGACUAUAGAGUAACCCCUUAAGCUUUGACAAAAGGAACCAGCACAGAAAGCCUAAAGCCUCACUUAUUUAGCCUCCAGUAGCACCCUCUUUCUUCAGUCCUCAAAGUUCUCACUCUACACUCCAUUGCCUUCUUGCCCUGUGGUUGCAUUCUUCUCAGUUAGCUGGCUGCUCAGAACACAACUAUACACAAAGGCUACCCUUCUCAUUCAUCAUCUGCAUAGUAGCAGUACACUACACACAUGGGGUUCCAAGAGGUGAAGAAGCUGCUGCAUAAUCAGCAUCGCCGCCAUGGCACGCGUGUGGAAGUGGAAGACCACAGCCAGGACGGCACCAAGGUGUGGGUCCUGGGUCUGUCCGGGAUCGGCGGCAUCGCCCUGCCGCUGCAGCAGCUCAAGCCCGUCAAGACCGGCCGGCGGCGGCACGACGCCAGCGAGGAGGAGCGCGACGCCGCCGGCGGGGAAGACGGGGAGGAAGACGAGCCCGUGACGCCGAGGGGCGAAGGGUGGAGGAUACCGGCGGAGGCGACGACGUGCCCGCCGGCGCCCAAGAAGCCCAGGACGGCGGUGUCGAUCAUCAGGAGCGGCGCCGGCCGCCGGUGCAACUGCGACGGCGGGGAGGCGCUCGACGAGUUCUUCCGCGUCCCGGCGGAUUUGGAGGCCGUCUUCGUCAGCCGAGCUGCCAAGGCGAAUUAGCAACCAGCGCCGGCCGGCCUCGCGUGCGUGUCAGUGUAAUGCUUGAGUUCAAGCAGUGAUCGAGGGCUCCAGCAAGAGUGAUGCAAUGCAUCCGCUGGUGACUUAUUGGUGCAGUGGGUGCGUGAGAGAGUGAUAGAGUGAGUGCAGCUGUACAAAUUCUCUUGUGGCACAUGUUAAUGUGAGUCUUCAUUUUUUUUGAAAUUUUGUUGCAUGGAAUGGCAUUCCUUCUGAA